GAUGUGAUACGUCGCCCAAUCUUAUGGUGCAAAAUACUUAGACCUCCGGAAGACCUAAACAUCGACUUGCCUAUGAAUGUUCGAGUGAUUGUAUUCCGUGGACGACUGAAGGGAAUGUUUGGCAAGGUGGUUGGCAGUUACAAUGGACGAGUUUUCAUACAGACUUUGGAUGGGUCCAUGCCGCGAUACCACCCGGCGAUUAAUAAGUUCGAGUGGAAAUAUUUCGUCGAAGAUGCGGAAUGCCUGUACAUAUGGCGAAUGCAUCAAACCCCGGAACAAGUAUACCCCGAAGGAUUUUACGAAAAAUUAACGUCUCGAGGCUGCUGAAGGUGGCGAAUCUAUUCGUAAGCUGGAGACCGCACCGACUUUGGAGAACAUCGAAAUGGGCCUAGUGAAAGGGGAAAGCAAUAUCGAAUCGAAACGAUAGACGGAAACUUUCAACAUCAACACAAACGUGUUUUUAUUUUUCCUGCGUGUGACCACUCAAAUUGUGUGCAUGGUUCUGUUUGUUUUCGUUUUUAUGUAUUAUUAUUUAUUUGAUGCAUUAAACUGCAAUAGUUUAUCCGAUUAUGUUAUUUUCUUUAGCGUACGAAAGAAAUGUUCCCUGCUACACCACAGCAUUUAACGCAUUUGCUAGAAGAUCUAGUGAUAUCGCCUCUAAAACUCUCGCAUUUUUUAAUGUGCUAUCGUUAUGCAUUUUAUACAUUUUCAUUCUGCAAUAUAUUGUUUUAUUAUCCGGGUACCUUUUAUCCGAUUAUCCCAUUAUCCGUGCAGCUCGGACCAGUACCAAUGAUAGCAAGAAAUAAAAGCCACAACAGGCAAUUAUACUAUUUGCUCAAGUUAUGCUCAAACAGAACAGAUUUAUUUUGCAAAGGGCAAAGAAAAUUAACAUCUUGCUUAACACACUAAACACUAAUAUUUAUCAAUAAACAGAUUUGUUUGAUCCGAUGAUCCGUGAUAUUCGUUUAUCCGGCAAUGGCUGUGUCCCGAUGAAGACGGAUAAUCGGCGUUCCACUGUAUAUGGUUCCAUGCGGCUCACGAAAAUAUCGUUUCUAAGUUUCAAGCCAAUGUCUCACCGUGUUUAUUAAAUAAAUCUGACAUUACAUUACAAAAAAAAACAGAUUCAGAUGGAUAAACAACAUUCAAAAAUAAAAGAAAAAAAAUUUGGCGUUCAUCUUUCCGGUUACAUAACUGACUGCUGAAAUUUGGUCGUUUUUUCAUGAAGAUAGAGUAUGAAGAGAUUGAUCGUGAAUGAGGUGUGAACGAGACAGUUUGAAAAAUUUCCUUAGUUUGACAUAAUUAAAAUUAAAAAACAUAAUUAAAAAGAUGUCUCCAGCCCAUGUCUACACGACGUGCUCGACCGUGAGCAGGCCAGAUAAGAAUUAAAAAGAGAACAUGCUUCCUUAAUCCAUACUGUUUUAUUUUUGUGUGUGUGAAUUUGCACACAUAUGACAAGAAAGUCAACCCGUAAAUCUUGCGUUUAUAUAUGUAGGUGUUGAAUUCCAUGUAACCAUGGUUACAUUCUAAGCAACCAAUGACAUAUUCAGAACAUUUUUUGGCUAGCUGCCGCUAGGAGCAAAUUGUCAUGUUUUUUCUCGUUCUAUCAAACUAACCAAAGCGAAACAGCAUGAUGAUUUUGCUAGUUGUCUCGUUGAGUUGCGUCCAACAAUCGCAGUAGCAUGCGCAUAUCCGGUUAUUCAGGCCAGUGUACAAGAGGCAUUACCUUAAAAGUAAAGACGUCAAUUAUUAACGGCCGAGUACAGAGUGGAGCAGCAGCACUUUUGGGAACAUGGCAAGUAACAAACGAAACACGUUCCAGCUGACCAAUAGCAACUUCCGAAUUGGGAUGUUUGUGAGUGCUCCCGGACAUCCAGUUGCUCUCGUUCUUGGUGAAUGUAACAACGGUCCGACACAUAAGAUCCUGUUGCUGUCCAGUGGGCAACUCGUAACGCAGCCCGUGGGGUUGUGUCGCAUCAUUGAGCCACCAGCAAAUCCCAAUCGCUCCAUUUUCAUGAAUAGACGGGUGCGUAUCACGAGCGGAGAAAUGGAGGGCGUGUACGGCGUGGUGCUUGGAAUCCACAAUGACCUAGCUUAUGUAUGUGCCUUGGAGGGUUUAGAAUUGGUCGGUAACACUCCAAGGAAUCCUACCAACGACGUCUGCUACUUCUUUGAAAAUGUGUCAUACCUGAAAAUUGUGUCAGACGAAAACCCGCCACGAAUGUGA